GCUAUCUUGACACGACAAUGAAAUGUAAAUAUUAUCGCUGCUACCAGUGACCAGUCUAUCUGGUUUUCGGAGCGAUGCGCGCGCGCCAAAUAUAAUUUACGUGUUCCGUGUAUAAAUUCAAAAGUAAACAAGUGAUAUCCGUUAACAAGAAGCAAAAUGAGAGGUAUUACAAUCCAACGCGUUGAAGAAGCAGAUACAGAGGAGGUCAUGAAAUUAUUAAGAAGAACGUUUUUCGUCCAUGAGCCGUUGAACAAUAAAGUUGGAUAUUGCAAAUCAGAAAGUGACGAAUGCAUUGAUCUUGAUCUCUACUGUCGCCACUGUCUUCCCGGAAUAUCCUUUAAGGCUGUUGACAUAGAUGGAAACAUCAUUGGAGUUCUUAUUAAUGAUGUUAGUUCAGUGAAAGACCCAUUGGACUUCGAUAUGAUAUUGAGCACGACAGUUAGUCCAGCUUUCAAGAAGAUUAUAAACAUGUUAAAAAUUCGUGAGAGCGGAGCCAAAUUAAGUGAAAAGUACCCAAACGACGACAACCUGUUAGAAAUAAAGCUCGCGGCGACAGAUGCGAAUUGGAGAAAUAAAGGUGUCAUGAAUGAGCUCAUGCAAGAAACAGAGAAGUUAGCAAAGGAGUUGGGCAUGAGGCUUAUUCGUAUUGACACUUCCAGCGCCUUCUCCGCUAAAUCCGCAGAAAAAAUGGGCUUUACAUGCGUUUACCAGCGAGCUUUCUCUGACAUAAAUAUAAUCGUACCCGAACCCCCGCAUAUAUACGACAGAGUGUUUAUUAAAGAAAUGUUUUGAUAUUUUAUAGUACAAUAUUGCUCAAUAUUUAAAGGAAAUCAAAGAUUCUGUAGUCAAAUGUUUGUUUGUGGAAUAAAGAUUUGUUUUAAAAACUUC